CUUCAUCAGCACAGAAAGCAGAGACCUCAGGAGAGUGACGCUGAGGAGAGCAGGAAUCAGACGAUAGCAAAGAUGCAGUGGAUUCUGUUCGUGCUCAUUCUGAUGGGUCAAGCUUCCUUCUUCACAUGUCGCCACUAUAAGUACCACUUUGUCAAACAGAAGAAGAACUGGACAGAAGCUCAGACGUACUGCAGAGAUAAGUACACUGACCUGGCCACAGUGUUGGACAUGACAGACAUGAAGAGACUCUGUGACUCGGCACAGAAACCAGAUGAAGCCUGGAUCGGGCUUUACAGCGACCCUGAACUAAAUUACAAAAACAUGUGGCGCUGGCAGUGGUCUCUGCCGGGGCUGGAGUUCAAUGAUAGUGAGAGUAAAUGGGGUUACACAGAGCCAAAUAAUUAUGAUCAGCAGGAGAAAUGUGUGCGGAUGGAUACUGACGGCAUGUGGCAGGAUGAUAAUUGUUCUAAACGUCAUAAAUUCAUCUGCUACAAUGGCAAAAAUACAGGAACUGAGAAAUUUAAUGUGAAUAAUAAGACGUUGACCUGGCCAGAGGCUCAAAAGUACUGCAGAGAGCAUCACACUGAUCUGAUCAGUGGACGUGAACAGUUAGAUGAACUCAAUGCAGCAAUGACCCCUUAUCCUUUUGUGUGGAUCGGCCUGUUCAGAGACAGCCGGAGGUGGUCAGAUGAGAGCAGUUUCUCUUUCAGAAACUUGGAUCCACAUUUUAACAGGGGUGAUGGAUGUGCUGUGACCACGUUGCAGCCUGAAGGCAGGUGGAAGUACGAAGACUGCAAUGCCAAAAGACCCUUCAUCUGCUAUGAAGACAAAGUGAUCCUGAUCACAGAGAACAAGACCUGGGAAGACGCCUUGGAGUACUGCAGAGACAAACACAGUCAGCUGGUCUCCAUCACCAGCCGUAACGAGCAGCUUUGGGUCCAAGAGCGAGUCCAAAAUGCCAGCAGUCCCUUCGUCUGGCUGGGCCUGCGCUACACCUGCACUCUGGAUUUCUGGUUCUGGGUCAGUAACGAGGUGGUCCGCUACAAGAACUGGGACUCAGACAAAGAGACGGAUGACUGUGACAUGUCUGGAGCCAUGGACAGAGGAGGACAACAUAAGUGGUUCAGAAAGUUUGACAAUGAGACGUUUAAUUUCAUGUGUUAUAAGUAAAGUUUUAGAUUUUUUAGGCUUCUCUUGAAACCCACGCCACUCAGUGGUUGCAGAUGUUAAAUUCAGUUACUCUCUUUGUUUGCAGUGGUGUGUUACUUUUGAUGAUGUUUAGACUCUAGGCCUAUCAUAUAUGUUCCCUUGGCUUGUUGAAUGGCACUCUGGGAAAUGUAGGAAUCACAAGCGAGAUCCACAGACUUUAUAACCGCAGAUUUUAAUUUGAGGGAAAGAGGCGUCAAUGAAGUCAUUUCUAAAGCAAUAACUGAGGAUGUGACCCUGUGACAGGGUUUCCCUCUCUUAUUAAAGGAAUAGUUCACCCAAAAAUGAAAAUUCAGUCUUUAUCAACAUGCCGACGGCAAGUCAGGUGAAGUUUUAUAGUCCACAAAACAGCUGAUCGAAUUUUUUGGGUGCACUAUCCCUUAAAUUAUGACUAAAGAACACCUGGAUAAUCUUGUUCGUCUUAUAUUUUAUCUUCUAAAGUUUUUGUUAUAUUUUCUUUAUCUUAAAGUGUGCCUCUUUAAUUUAUCUUUUGAGGUUGUAUUUUGUUUUCAGUCUAAUUCAAAGCGUGUAUGCAUAAUUACAAUAGGAACUGGAAUCAAUAUACCAGUCUUGGUUUGAUUUUGCUUUCAUAUAUUCAAAUAUGUAACAUUUAUUAUCUGAAUUCAGGUUGUGGUUGAGAUCUGGUGAUGGUUUUAUUAUGUGAAAUUGUUUUCUUUGAUGACUUUUUUGGAGUUUUAUGUAAACAGGUUUUUCUAAGGCUGAAUAAACUGUUAAACCAUG